AUGCGUCGGUAAGUGUUGGAUGUAUGAGGGACGGCGCGACUGGAGAGAGAGAGAUAGGGAGAGAUGAAUAAGAGCUCCACGUGGUUUUCGCUAUUGAUUUAUGUAAUAUUAUAUAAGGUUGAUAAAGUUGUUGAGUUUAUAAAGUUGAUAAAAUAUAUUGAGCUAAACUAUUGUCGAUUAGUGAUAAGAAGUAAGAGAGCAUGAGCAUUUAAUUGUCGAUUCUCUACAUUUUUAGAUGAAUCCAUUGGUGUUUUGCUUUCCCGAGAGGAAAAAAACCGAAAUCAUAUUAUAAAUCGACAAUUUUCCACGUUUGUGCAACAGUUCUAAAGAAGGAAGACACAUUAAUUAACACAUACUAAUGGAAAGGCUAAGAUUCGAGUUGGAGGUCGUGGCGGCGGAAGACCCAAAAAAUAACGUGAUUGUGGUUAAAUCAAUCACCAAUGAAGAAAACAUAAGUUUUAGCGUACCAGAUUGCUUACAACCGAUGAAAUAUCACCAACAUCUCGUAAGUCUACCAGACUUCAAAAAAGUAAAAAAAACACUUGUAAGGCGCGGACAAACACGAAAAGUAUGGUUUAGUUUAGAUAAAACCACACUAAGUAUUUAUAAAGACACUAGUGGAAAUAUGGUUAUAGAAGACUACAUUUUGGAAGAGAUCCCCGAUCUCAAAGAACAACAACAACAACAACAGAGUACACCACAGAAAUUAGAUGAAAAUCUAAUAAAAAUUCUAGAAAAAUUAGUAGAAAAAGAAGGAAGUCAACAAAAAUUGAAAAAUAAUCCUAAUUUAAGCAAGGUUUCUGAAAAGUUUGUAAUCGACAAGUUUAAUGGUAAGAAUGUAAGUGUAAAUCAAUGGUUAUUAACAUACGAAAGUGAAUGUGACAGAUUGGGUAUUACAAAAGAUAUUGAAAAGAUUGAAAUUUUAAGAUUAUUUUUAGAAGAUACAUGCAAAGACUGGUAUAGCUCUAUGUUAAUUAAACAUACAUUAGACUCAAUGUGGAACACUUGGAAGGAAAAUUUUCUAGAGACUUUUGCAGACAAAGGAUGGUCUCCAAUAAUACACGCAUUAAAUUAUAGAUUUUUAAGUGGCUCACUUUUAGAUUAUGCUUUGAAAAAAGAACGUUUACUACUAGAGACAACAAAAACAUAG